GCUGUCCGAGCGGAGCAGGUGCUGUUCGGCUCCGUCUCUCACUGUUUCUCCGCUGCGCCGCGAUGGAGGAGGAACUGAAGUGCCCCGUGUGCGGCUCCCUCUUCACGGACCCCAUCAUCCUGCCCUGCUCGCACAACGUGUGCGCGGGCUGCGCGCGGAGCAUCGCCGUGCAGACCCCGGAGGGCGAGACCCCCCCUCACGCGGCGUCGCACGGGCGCGCGGCGGCGGCCUCGGGAGCCCCGGACUACGACUACCUGGACGUGGACAAGAUGAGCACGCACAGCGAGACGGACAGCGGCUACGGCUCGUACACGCCGUGCGCCAAGUCGCCGAACGGGGUGCGCGUGUUCCCGCCGCCGCCCGCGCUGGUCGCGGCGCGCCACUGCUCCGUCACGUGCCCGCUGUGCCACCGCAGCGUGUCGCUGGACGAGCGCGGGCUCCGCGCCUUCCCGCGCAACCGCCUCCUGGAGGCCGUGGUGGCGCGCCACCGGCAGGGCCGCGCGCGCGCCGUCAAGUGCCAGCUGUGCGACCGCAACCCGCCCGACGCCACCGUCACGUGCGAGCAGUGCGACGUGUCCUACUGCACCGCGUGCCAGCAGAGGUGCCAUCCCGCGCGCGGACCGCUCGCCAAGCACCGGCUCGUGCCGCCCGCGACGCUCGCGCAGCAGCAGCAGCCCACAGCCAACAACAACGCGGCCAACAACGUCGUCAGUGCCGCCGCCGCGGCCGCCCGCGCGCCCUCGACCUGUGUGGAGCACGAGACCGAGAACCUCAGCGCGUACUGCGCGAGCUGCAGGACGCCCGUGUGCUACGUGUGUGUGGAGGACGGCAAACACGGCAAACACGACGUGAAGCCGCUGGCGGUCAUGUGGAAGCAGCAUAAGUGCCAGCUGUCCCAGGCCUUGAAUGGAGUGUCUGAUAAAGCAAAGGAUGCCAAGGAGUUCCUGGUGCAGCUAAAGAACCUGCUACAGCAGAUACAGGAAAACGGAGUGGAGUUUGAGGCGUGUCUGGUGGCUCAGUGUGACGCCUUGAUUGAAGCUCUUACACGGCAGAAGGCCAAGCUGCUCACCAAGGUCACCAAGGAGAAAGAGAGCAAACUGAAGACGGUGAGAGAUCAGAUCACCCACUGCACGAUGAAGCUCAGACAGACCACGGGCAUGAUGGAGUUCUGCCUGGAGGUCAUCAAGGAGAACGACCCCAGUGGAUUCCUGCUGAUAUCAGAUGCGUUAAUAAAGCGUGUGCAGGCCUCUCAGGAGCAGUGGGUGAAGGGGGCUCUGGAGCCAAAGGUCUGCCCCGAAUUCGCCCUCAGCAUCAACACUGACCCUCUAAUGCAGAGCAUCCUGCAGCUGGACUUCACGCAGGGCAAAGAGACCCCCAUGGUCCCCCCAGCGCCUCUGCUGCAGCUGGAAAAAUGCUGCACGCGCAACAACAGCGUCACGCUGGCCUGGAGGAUAACUGCAGUCCAGGCCCUGCCUGUGGAGGGCUACAUCCUGGAGCUGGACGAUGGAAACGGUGGACAGUAUCGGGAGGUGUAUGUAGGGAAGGAGACGCUGUGCACUGUGGACGGUCUCCACUUCAACAGCUCCUAUAACGCUCGCGUCAAAGCGUACAACUCCAUCGGGGUCGGCGCUUACAGCAAGACCGUGGUCUUAAAGACGUCUGAUGUUGCCUGGUUCACCUUUGACCCUACCUCAGCGCACAGGGACAUCGUCCUUUCCAACGAGAACCAGACUGUGAGCUGCAACAGCUACGACGAUCGCGUGGUGCUCGGGACCGCCGCCUUCUCCAAAGGUGUGCAUUACUGGGAGCUUAGCGUGGAUCGCUACGACAACCAUCCCGACCCUGCGUUCGGCGUGGCGCGCAUUAACACGUUGAAGGACGUCAUGCUGGGCAAGGACGAUAAGGCCUGGGCCAUGUAUGUGGACAACAACCGCUCCUGGUUCAUGCACAACAACUCCCACACCAACAGAGCUGAGGGAGGAAUAACGAAGGGUUCUACUGUGGGCGUUCUGCUGGACCUGACCAAACACACGCUCACGUUCUUCAUCAACAAAGAGCAGCACGGCCCUGUGGCCUUCGAGAACCUGGAGGGGGUGUUCAUGCCCGCAGUCAGCCUCAACCGCAACGUGCAGGUGACUCUAAUAACAGGUCUGGAAGUGCCAAAGAACAUCAAGUAACGACCUCUGACCUGUGUGGACGAUCUUUGACUUCGGGGUCACGUGGCUGACUCUUUCUCCUCGCGAAGCAAGCCACGGCUCGGUGGGAGAUCAAAGAGGACUUUGGGAAAAAUAUAUGAAUUAUUUAUCUUUAAUCUGUUUCUUUUUCCACAGUUUUAACCGCAUCUCGGUGUACACAAUCAGAGCUCUGUGUUUACAGUCAGCUAGCCACAGCGAGCCCUUUGGGAGCGAUAAGUUGGUUCUGAAGGAGAGUUUCACCUGUUUUUCCAAACUUUCAACCUUAGAUCUUAAUGCGAAGCUAACGUUAGCACAGUUUAUGAUCAAACCCUGCUUCUGAGAGUCACUAGUUUUAGCAGGAGGCCUUGGAUAGGAGUGCAUAAAUCAGAAAAGACAAUGUGAAACAACUUUUUGGCCAGAAAUAAACUCAGCGCAAGUACACAAACGCAAAUGCAACGUCCAGCUAACGCGGUGCAAACGCACACACGGAAAAAAAUGGUAUCUUGUCAAGUAAAAUUAUCUUAACUAUAGCCAAAAAA